AUGCAGAAACGAGAUAGCGUCCACCUGCCCCCAGGCGCCCAGGUCGGCCUCCAACCCACUAUCGACAACGACAUCGCACCCUCCGCCUUCUUCCUCGUCCUCUACCUCCUCGGCGCCAUCAUCAACGAACUCCGCUUCCAACUCAACCGCCGUAAAGGCCACAAAUUCCUCAUGUCCUGGGCCAUGUUCGGCUUCGCCAUGACCCGCGUCGUCACCCUCACCCUCCGCAUAACCUACGCCAUCUACCCCAACAACAUCCACCUCGGCGUCGCCUCCGUAAUCUUCACACACGCAGGACUCCUAGUCGUAUACAUCGUCCUCUUCAUCCUCAGCAUGCGCAUCCUACGAGCAUUACAACCUCCCAUCGGAUGGAGUCGAGAACUCAGAACAACCCUCCUCCCAGCUUGCAUCGUCUUAACGAUAGCCAUCUUCACAACCAUCACCCUCGUCAUCAUCGAUUUCUACUCCACCAACAAAACAUACCUCUCCAUAUCCUCCUGGACGACCCGCGCCUGCGCCACGUACAUCCUCGCCUUCAACGCCCUCGGCAUCGUCCUCUUCCUCCUCGCCACCCUCCUCCCUCCCCACCCCCAAGCCGAGGACUUCGGCGCAGGCUCCAUGGCCGCGAAACUCGUCAUUCUCGCCCUCGCGCUCUUCCUGAUAAACUUCAUCGCCGCGUUCCGCACGGCGGUGGCGUGGGUCGAUGCGCCGCCUGUUCACGAACCGGCUUGGUUCGAUUCGAGGGGCGUUUUCUAUGGCUGGGAGUUGGCGCCGGAGAUUCUUGUCAUUUAUCUUUUUGUUUUUACGAGGUUUGAGAGGAGGUUUUGGGUGCCGGAUGGGAGUUGGAGGGCGGGGAUUACUCUGCGAGGAGUUCGCCUUUGGAAGGCGAUGGUGCUGUGA